AUGAGCCGGAAUCCGUUGUCUUGGGUGCUGGAAAAUCUAGAUGUGGGAAAGAUAGGGAAAGAAGAGAGAGUAUUUGUGAUUGUGGAUGACAGAGCCAAAUCUCCUUCCAAAGCUUUGCUUCGAAGAAUGAGCAAGGAGCGUGGUCAGACCAUCAAAGACGCCAUGAGGCAUGCUGAUCACUGCUCCUGCGAUGAAACUGUGGAAUCCAUGGAGCUUUCGCCACUCAUGUCACCAUCGUUAUCACCGAAGCCAGUCUCAGACUUUCAGUUAUUGCCCAAAGCCGCUGCUUCACCAAAAUCUGUCAUCCUGCAAACAUCUUUGGAUGAUUAG